AUGAAGACCUUGACGGGCUACCAGCCAACGACGCGUGCGCCUGCGCACAAGGCCCUGGGCUUCCUCCACGUUCAGACUAUGCCUCAGAACCUGGCCCUGCCACAGGAUGUUGACUGGCGGCAGCACACGCCCGCUUCGAACUUCGUUCGCACCCAGGGCACAUGCGGCUCCUGCUGGGCCAUUGCGUCGGCCAACGCGCUUGAGAUGCACGCGGAGUUGAAUGGCCUCGGCCACGAAGGCGUUGACUACCAGGAUCUCGUGAGCUGCACGCCGAACUUGCAGCACUGUGGGGGAGACGGGGGAUGCUCCGGGGCAACCGCCGAGCUUGCCUUCCAGUACGCCAAGGACGUGGGCGUGCGCCUGUACGCCGAAGAUGCAGGCGCCAUGGGCGCCUGGGUCGGCUCGGCCUCGGAGGCCUGUGGGUCGCACCCGGGAGCCCGGAUCACCACGGAGGGCUUCGUGCGCGUCACCCCAAACCUGGCGCAGCCGCUCCUCCAGGCCAUUGCCAUGCAGGGCCCGGUCGUGGUGUCGGUGGACGCGACCAGCUGGGAUACCUAUGGCUCCGGCAUCUUCGACGGGUGCAGCAAGGAUGCCAGGGUGAACCAUGCCGUCGUGGCUGUGGGCUACGGGCAGUCUCCCAAGGGGAAGUACUUCCUGAUUCGGAACAGCUGGGGGCCUGGGUGGGGUGAGGAGGGGCACAUCCGGGUGCUCCGCUUCGAGGAUGGCCCCGGGCCUUCGGGGGCCUACUGCGGAACCGACUAUCAUCCUGAAGAAGGGGUGGCCUGCCAAGGUGAGACCCAACCAGUGCGAGUUUGCGGCAUGUGUGGGAUCCUUAUGGACUCCUCCUAUCCCGUGGGCGUGCGCGUGUCAAGUUCAGCAGGGAAGGGGUCUACUGCACAGAAGAUGUAG